GCGGCUCAAGGCUCCCCGCUGGGCGGGAGCGCGGGCCCCGGCACGGCAGCCCCCACAGCCCCAGGGCAGGCAGACACCGGCGUGAGGUGAGGGCUUCUGUGCCGCUGGUCCUCCGUGCGGCAGGAGGUGUGGCCCCCGUGAUUAAGUUAUGCGUUACGAAAUACCCGUUUGGUUCCGCUGAGUCUUGAGGGAGUUUGCAAACACGCAGACAUGACCCCUAUCCAGGAUAACCUGGCAAAUAAGUUUGUUCAGCGCCCAGAUGGCCUGUAUACGUGAGCAUCGGAUUUGCUGAAUUGUGAAACUUGUGAACUUGCUGCAUGGUAAGUCUGGCACAUCCAGUGAGUCAGAGAUGGCCAGCCCAACACUCCGUGCAUGCACGUGGAGCACGGUAUGGCCAGAACGUACCUAACCUGUGCAUAGCAGAGCACAGCACAUGGACCACAGGACUGGGUCUGCGUACGCGCAGCGCUGCUGCCCCAAAUACCUUGAAUCUGAAGGUUCCUGCUUUCAGUGGGGAAGCUCUUGUUUCUGCUGGGGCAUAAUUUCCACUUAAAAAGAGGACAUCUCCAGAGGAACUCCAGAUGUGUAAUAUCCAUAAUUCAGCAAAUCAAAUGAACAAAUGCUGAAUUUCUUUAAGAAGUUCCAAUAGAAUUAUUAUAGCAAAAUGUGCAUGAACAACAAAAUAAAUGUGCAAUGCUGGAAAGAAAUCAAGCUGUUGUAAUUAGUGAAUAUCCAAUUCCAGAAAAAUUGCAUUUAUACAGUGUAUUGCAAUUCGCAAAGAGACUUUUCAAACUCAUUUAUAAUGUUUGCAUGAUAUAUUUUUAUGGUGAAACUUCCACCUUAGCAUUUUUUCAUGUAUAUUAGAUAGACGAUUAGGUUUAUUUUUGCAUUUUUCUGAACUUAUUUUUAAUUAUCUGUGGGUUUUAUAUUUUUUCCCUAAUAUUUGUAGACAUUUGAGUAAGUCGAUCAGAGUGAGUGUUGCAUGUCUGUAAAAAUGUAUCUGGCAUUGACGAAUGUUGGUGUGAAAAAGAUAGCUAAAAAAAUUCUCCACUUGAUCUGAAAGGCAAGCUUUAGUUCUGUGUUUUAGCCCCAAUGGAUGUAAAAAGAGUUUUUCUUCUCUUUUAAAUCUUUCUUACCAGGACUGCUGUUUAGAUAAUAGGUUUGCAAGUUACAGGACAGAACGUGAUCUCCUUCGAACAACUAGAAUUGUGUGGAGGCUUGUAUGAAAUAAUGUGCAGAUCAAGGCUUUAGAGAGGGGCAAAAUCACUAGACCUGCUGAUAUCAACAGAAACUAAGAAUUAAACUCUAGGUAAGAAGUUAGUAAUUGGUAAGUGUGCCAAUACAAAAAUUUUAAAUAAAUUACAGUAUUAACAAUUAGCACUUCUAAAAGCAGGGUCUUUAUUUUACUGAUAAUAUCUUUUAGCAAGGAAGAAUAGUUCAUUCUGAGGCUCCUAAGCAGAUAAAUUAUACCACUUUAAUAUCUACCCCAAAAUAUGAAAUUUAAAAGUUUUAGUAUUUAAGAGAGAACAAUGUAAAAAUCAUGUUGUUCUCUGAAAAAUAUAUAGUUGCUGCAAAUAUUAAUGAGUACUGUAUUUGGGAACUGUGUGGAAAACGAUUUUAUUUUCUUACUCAAGAUUUUUCAAAUGGAUUUCAACAGUAUUUAGACAUAUAUGAUGUGAGUGUGCAGGUGGUUUCAUUGGUUCUUUGUGCCACUAAUUUUCCUUCCUUGUUUCCUCAAGACUUUCACAGAGCAGCAAAGGAGGGAAAAAUUACUAAAAGUGAUAGAUAAAUUUUUGUAAAAUCUUGAAAAUUGACAGAGACAUUCAUAGCAAGCUAUAUUGUCUGAGGAAACUACGUAACCUUUCCGAAUUAAUAUAUCUGACAUUAAAAUAUCUAAAUAAACCAUUUUUUUCUGCACCAUGGUACAUUCUGAAAGAGGCAUAGUUGAAUGCUGUGCAGCUGCUAUGGCGUGUGCCAAAGUUGAGACUGAUCUAAGCAAGGCUUGGAAGCUGUCUUUAGCAUACAGAUGAGUGAUACACUCCCAAGUGUGCAUUCUGUCUUGUUACCUGAUGUGCUGCUUCUGAAAAUCAGAUGCUGACGCGUAAAACAAAAAAAAACUAGUCAAUGUACGCUAUUUUGUUCACUAUUUAAAUUAUGCUAAUUUUUAAUUGACAGUCUGAAUAAAAAGACAUUGCUUUCUGGCCCUUCGCACAUUGAAUAUUUGGGAAAUAAUUUGUUUGGUUUUAGUACAGUUUGGCACCAAUUUAAUGCUUUUCAGUUGUAUGCCUUUACAAAGUACGUCUUCUUUCUGCUGCUCUGACGUUACCAAAUUCUAGUCACUACCCAAUUCUACAGGGCUCUUGUUGUUAAGAGUCUCAACUGUCACAAUGCAAAAGGAAAUACGUGCAUGUGAAUAAAGAAGUCUUGUAUUAUUUCAGGCUUCCUCCUACUGUUUUUGGUGUGCUCCAUGUCACACAUUAGGGAAGCGAGAAGUCAUGUUACUCUUGGAGCUGUCUGGUUUAAGCCUUUGGGAAUGGAAUGCUUUCUAGACCCUCAGUUUGCAGAUCCCAAGGAUGCACCCAGGUGCAGCAUUAUUUAUGAAAGAGCAAAGGACACAUUUAACAAAGCUGCAGUACUGCCUUUAAUACAGCCCUUUGUAUGGGCGCAUCAGAGGAAAGAAAAUGCAUGCAGGAGUGUGAGGUGGCCAGUGAAGGAAGCCGGGAAGGAUGACUGUGAGGAGGAAGAAAAUGUGACAUAAAAGGGAAGGGUGCUAAGAAAAUAAAGUAGGAAAGGCAAAAAGAGGCAAAAAAGAGUGACCUGGAAAAGGAAAAAAAAAAAAUGUUAUUCUUGAAAGUUCUGUAGAUCACAUUCAGCACAUUUGUCUUAAUGCAGUUUGAUGUUUUGUCAUAAUGCUGACAAGGUGCAUCGGUGUAAUGUUUGUAAUGCAGAAUAAUAAACUCACAAUGUGCUGUUUUACAGGUCCUCAAUAGCUUCUGGAUGGUUAUAAUCAGGACAGUAACACCAACAGAGAGGGUAAUGCUGCAGGUGAGGUGUAACUAGAUGAAAGAGCGUGUGAUGAGAGAUAAAUGGAGAAGAGAAGACAGAAAAGCUGGAAGAAAACUGAACAAGGGAGGCUGAGAUACGGGAAGAGGCUGAAGAACAAUGGCUUCCUUCAGCAACCUGACUAUUGGUAUUGCUCUUGCCAGUUUUACCACGUUUCAGCUCCUGUUCCACGUUUUAAGUUCUUGGCUAUCAACACGGAUAACACCUGGUUUUAACAAUCUCAGCCAAAAAAGGAAGAUCGAAUGGAAUUCAAGGACAGUGUCCACAUUCCAUGCCUUGGUGGUUGGUGGGUUUUGUCUGUAUAUUUUGUUGUACGAUGAUGCUGUUAACGCUGACCAUCUCUGGGGUGACCCUUCAAUUGUGCAACUGAAUAUUGCUAUUACCACAGGCUACCUCAUUUCUGAUUUGUUGCUUAUUAUUUACUACUGGAAGGCGAUUGGUGACAAAUUUUUUGUAAUACAUCACUUGGCGGCUCUGUAUGCUUACUAUUUUGUACUGAGCAAAGGUCUGUUGGCCUAUUUUGGAAACUUCCGUCUGCUUGCAGAGUUCUCCACUCCUUUUGUCAAUCAGCGGUGGUUUUUUGAAGUACUGGGAUAUCCCAAAUCUUCAAAGGCCAACAUCAUCAAUGGUGUGCUGAUGACAGUUGUAUUCUUCGUGGUGAGGAUUGCCGUCAUACCUAUGUAUUACAGCCGGGUAAUUUCUUCAUUUGGAACUGAGGGUUUCCAGAAAUUAGGGUUUGCAGCCCAGAGCGCCUGGAUUAUCUCAAGUGUUGUCUUGGAUAUUAUGAACUUGAUGUGGAUGGUCAAAAUUACAAAAGGAUGCUACAAAGUUAUUUGUCUUGUUGGACAGGAGGAAGCUAAAACUCACAAAAAUGGAAAAUCUGACUAGAGUUCUUAUGCAUAAAAUGAAACUUCUGCUAUGAAAAUAAUCUGGGUUCACUGAACCAGUGCACAUUUCUGCCAUGAAAAGCUCCUGUUAAGGAAACAAGGUAUUACCUCUGUACUGAUCUUAUCUUUCCCUAGCCACACUGCCUGUGCACCCAAGGCCACGCUUUAAGGAUCUUAUCCAGUGAGGAACAGAAGCAAAAGUUCACAGAAAUGAAUGCUACAUGUGUGUUCUGAGCACUUAACAAACUACUGACAUGAGGAAGGAGCAGACUGGUUACUUGGUUGUUGUCCACCAGUGUGUUUGAAGUGUUUCACUCAGGUUUCUCAGAUUAAUGUUUUAUAAAACUAGUGAAUAGUGACGUCUCUCUUUUUUUAAAAAACAGAAACGAAAUGCCCCAAACUCUGAUAUGGUGCAAUUUUCCUGGCACGUUUCUAUGUUUUCUUCUAAGCAUAACAAUCAAGAUUUCAUUCUUGAAAACUUUUUAAUUUUUGCAAGGAAAACAAAAUCUAGCUUUGAUUCUGUGAAGUCUUUUACUGCUUUUUGUUCUGCCUUGUAUGAAUGCAAACCAUUUUGGGAAAUUUAUGAAAUAAUUUUAUGUAAAAUGCUGUAUUAUAAGACUAUACAAGAUACCUUAACAAUGGUUAAAAUUCUCUGAUUUUUUAUGGAAAGGAUUCACUUUUGCUGUUUUAGACUACAUCUACUAAAUCAGUCAUGGAAAUUAUUUCAUAAGUUAAUAUAGGAAAUGUUGUUUGGAAACAGCAUAAUUCUUACUGGAGUGCUUUUUCCUUUGCUGCUGCUGCCUUUGAGAAACUGCAACUCUGCUGAGAGUAUUUUUAACCAUUGACUUUUGGGAUGUGAAGUUUAAUUGUAAAGAGAUAAAAUUCUUCUGUAUAUGUGCCAUGUAAUGUACAGUAUGACUUAUAUCACAGAAGUGACCCAUCUGAUGUGAUUGCUGACUUUUUUUGUCACGCUUUCCUUGCUAAUCACAUCUGAGCUGUUGACUAAAAAAUAUUCUUGAAUUAACUGUGCCAAACUUCUUUAAAGCUAUAACAUAAUUCUGUACAAUGAUAGUUCACGUCUGUAGGCACGUUUUUCAGAACUAUGUAUUUGUCAUAGGUACUCACUCUGUUCUCCUGCAAGCCUAAAGGCUUGGAGGACAUCGUAGAAAAAUCUUACCAUCUAGGAAUGCUCCAGAAUCUAAAUUAUAAUAUUAGCGGAUUUUUUAAAAAUGAUUUAGAACUGUAUUUAUGUAUAGUUUUGGUUUUGUUUUGCUUAUUUGAAUCAUAUCUGAACUGUGACUGAUUAACUUAGAUUUGUUUCCUUUUUUUAAAUUUUUAUUACUACUUUUGAACAUCAGUUUAUUUGUUAUAUCAUCUGGUAAGGUGUGCCAGAAGUAUGCAUUUUCACUCAGUACUUUAGUGCACAUACCAACUAUUGUAGCAGACCGUGUAAGCAAUUUAUGUUUAAACAAAGAUAGAAGCUAUUUACCCUGCAUAGGAUAUUUUGUUUUCCUUUGCUCCUGUUCCCUUCAACAAAGUUGUGUGAAAUAGUUAGCUCUUACCUCUGCAGACCAAGGUGUCAGUGCACCAAUGCUAUGAUGCUUUUGGGUGAGAAGCAGAGUUGUGGUACCUGCCCCCCCCAGGAAUCUGUGGGUUGUCGUGCCUUAUAACCAAGGCAGCUGCGCUGAGUUUAGUUCCCAGUGACAAUGAUGUCAGGGAGUAUUGUCUGGGGUAGCAUAAUACUUGCUUUUUUCUGCCUGUUUUUUUUUUCCCCCCACUGGGCAUUUUCCCAUACUGUUUCCAAUACUGUUGUCUUGAGGGAGAUGUCAAGGAUUGCCAAUAACUCUAUUUUGGGGGUUCUGUUUUUAAUAAUACUUCACAAACCUGUCAACAAAAAUCUGCUUAUGCCUUGGGAAAGCUAGCAAUUAAUUUAUUUAGCUGCCUUUUUUUUUUUUAAUGAAUGAAUGCAAAACCUUAUCUGGGUACCAAUAAAUUCGUAGUCUUUAUGAAUUGAUUCUGUGACCCAUUUCGCUGAAAGAAGCAGACUCCCUUUAUGUUCAUUUGCAGAACAUGGUAUCUUUUAAAAUAGUGGUUUUGGUGUAUCUAAUGCAAAACCUAGGAUACGUACUAACAUUCUGUUUGUAUUACCUUUAUGAUUUAAAGGCAUAAAUGGAAUACCUUUUUCAUGUGCUGUUAGAGUCACUAGAUCAGGGCAUUGUUUUUAAUAGUUUGUUCCUUUCUAAAAUAAAUUUCAAAUUAACAAAAUUCAAACAUCUUGGAGAAUAUGUUUGAAGGUAGAAGCAUCCUUUUUUUAUUCUGGAGGUAGGAUGAAAAAUAUUGAUAAGGAAGAUGAGCUGAAGCAGCUCUUACGAUGAUAAUUCAUGAAAACUUUUCAAAUUCAUCUUUUCUUUGCAUUCAUCUUUUAUAUUUCAGUAUCUUAUUUUUUGUUUGUUUUCAGUGUAGAACGUUCAUUAAAAUGGUCAGUUUUCUUCACUUCUAGUUAGAUUUGUGUAUCAUAGGAAAAAGUCAAGCUAUAAGAAGAUUGUGCUAAAACUAGACUGGGAAACAAACAACAACAACAAAAAAAACAACUGCCCUGCAUAAUGCACAUUGGGCAACAAUCCAGAAUGGAAGGGUAGUGGGAUAAUUAUCUUAGAACAUGCAAUGUUUUGGAAUGCUGCACACAAUUAGCGUAAUUAAAACAAUAUUUUGCAGUACGUUUGGUUUCGAUUUUCUAUUUUGAUAUUUUAAUGAAUUACGGUUAUGUUCUGAUGCAUCUACUGUGUGUCAGAAGGCACCUUUCUAAUGGAAAACAGUAUUAAAUAUUAUUGUUUUUGUUGUGGGGAUUGUAGUAAACAGUUUGCAAAAUUGUGCUGUAAUGAAUACAUUAGCAUAGGGCACUGCUGCCUGCUGUUAAAAGCUUAUAAUACAGCAAA